UCCUCGUUCCGAACUUGGAAGAGAGACUUACCCCAUGGAAACGAGGUUACUACAGAACAAAUGGCAGGAAAACAAGAUGGCGAAUGAACAAUGGAAGAACAACAACAACAAGACUUUUCCAAUGUCAAAGGAUCUGAAGUCGAUGUUUUCAGGGAUACGGUGUUACGAUAUCUAGGAUAUGCCAAUGAAUUUGGUGAGGCAUUUCGCACACACAUCCCUCGAUUUAUUUACCUAGGUAGCUAUGGCGUCGCCUCAACAUACUGCCUGGCAGACUCCAUUGACAAAGGGAGACGCUGCUACCAGGAGAGCAGCCAUCUGAACAGCUAUCUUCAGAAACGGAAAGCUAUUGAAACCAUGGUGGAAGCAGCAGUGUGGCAGGGGCUGGCAUCUGUGAUUAUACCAGGCUUUACAAUCAACAGGAUUUGCGCUGCCUCCAGGUUCACACUGAAGAGAUGUUCUAGAACAAUGCCUCCUCGUGCUCAGAUGUGGGUGACUACCCUUGCAGGACUGAGUGCAAUACCUGUUAUUAUCAAACCUAUUGAUAGACUGGUUGAUAAUGUGAUGGAUGGAAUGAUUCACAUUUCCAGACAACUUGGCAUCUCUCACCAACUUGAUCACAGUCACAAGAAAUAGAAACUUGCCAAUUUGCUCUGGAUAUAUGACAAACUGAACAGAACAAUAAUUAUUUUGUGUACGAUUUGUAACUUGUGUUGUUUCCUUCAACUGGCUUUGCUCAGUUUUUUCUGUUUUAUUUCUGAUUCUCCUUGAUCUUUCACUAUGUAUGUUUCCCGCUGUUAUCUCUAAGUUUCUAAACCUCCAUUUCUGGAUACUACACAGAUGUACAGUACAAAGUGAUUGUAAAAAAAAAUCCAUUUGUACAGCAGAUGAUAUUUUACAAAAGUUAAUAAAGGCAAUGUAGAUUUUCAA